AUGAAUCUGUUCGAGAAGCUUGCAGAGCACCUCAAACUGCACGGCUUCGAUCCGCUGGGGAUCGAGUCUGCUUUAGGCGAACAUGAGUUUGACGAAAUGGGCGAGUAUGCCUUCCAGUUCAUCGUGGAGAACCAGCGUGGCAUGAAGUUCUUUGGUAUACCCUGCUUCAACAGAAAGUCCCUAAUACCGGUGAUAGACCCGCCCCAGUACACACGCGUGGACGGCUCCAGGGUGACGCUUUCCGACGACCGCAUCGAGAACUAUCCCUUGCCAGACUUAGGCUGGCGUUGGUGGUGGGACCUGUGGUAUGUGUUGAUGCUCAACGAUGUGGACGAGCAGGGCUGGCUGUAUCUGAGUGUGAUUUUCAGAAAAGGGCUGCAUUGGCACGGGAAGUACAAUUUUGGCAAUUUCGUCCGUCGUCGUUUGUGGGUUCGGCUUCGAGUCCGGAAGACCGUGGACGACCUCCCUCAUGAGCCUGUGGAGGAUACGGGCGAUUCUGACGAGGAGCUUGACCAGCAAGCUGAGCUCUCCGAGGUUCCUGUUCCAAAGGAAAAAAUUCCUGUAGCGCUGGUUACGACGUGGGCAUAG